AAGCUGGAGCUCUUAAACGACUACGACAUGCUACUGAUGGUGGAACAGGGUAUUCGUGGUGGGCUGGUGCAGGCCGUCAAUCACUAUGCCAAGGCUAAUAAUCCAAAGACACCGGAUUACGAUUCGACAAAACCAGACUCAUGGAUCGUCUACCAAGACUGCAAUAACCUGUACGGUUGGGCUAUGAGUCAGCCCAUGCCGUACGGAGGCUUCCGGUGGUAUGAAGGAGCAGAUCCUCUGACCGACCUUCAAUUGCUUCCGGACACUGGUAAUACGGGGCGUAUAUAUGAAGUGGAUGUAUCGUAUCCAGAAGAGCUGCAUGACGAGCACAACGACUUGCCGUUCUUGCCUGGCAACGAUGUACCACCGGGUUCCAAAGAGACCAAACUCAUGGCCACUUUGAAACCCAAACAACGGUGCACCGCGUUUUAGAGUUUCAAUAAAGUGCUUGGUUGAAACCGUACAUUGAGUUGAACACUGAAAUGCGGAAACAGGCGGCAAAUGCUUUUGAAAUAGCAUUUUUCAAAUUAAUGAAUAAUGCCGUCUUUGGUAAGUGCACGCUCUUGUUGCACUAACAGUUGUGGGUUAUUCGAUAAACAUUUACAUUUUAUUGGGAAAACCAUGGAGAACAUGCGGAAACGCAUCCGUAUUGAGCUAAUCUCCAGUCCCGAACGUCUAAGCAAGCUCGUAAACCAACCAAACUUCAACGACUGUAUCAAAUACGAUGAAAGCUUGUGCGCCUUCAUAAUGGACACAAAGAUUGUCAAGUUUAUCAAACCAAUAUACGUCGGUUAAGCAGUGCUUGACAUUAGCAAGUCGCUAAUGUACAAGUACUUCUACGACGUAUUAAAACCUCAUUAUGGUGACGCAAUCAGCCUGGUUUACAUGGAUACUGGUGAGUACAACCGUACAGCAGAAAUAUUUUUACUAUAUUUAUAUAUUUUUAAUUUUUUUUUUCAGACUCCUUCAUAUACCUGCUCAGAGUCAGAGACUUUUACCAGGAUUUAGCCGACAGUCCUGAUUUACUAGUGCACGUGGACGCAUCUAGCCUGCCCAAGGUUCACCCUAGUUACUCGACCUCGAGGAAGAAGACGCCUGGUCUGUUUUCAGACGAGACCGGCGGCCUCGCCCUUUUUGAGAUCGCUGCACUUCGUUCAAAGUGCUAUGCAUUUGACAUGGAAGGCAGCGAACUCAUCAAGUCUAAGGGGAUCCGCGGACACGUCAUCCGCAACCAUCUGUCUUUGGACGAUUACAAACGAUGUUUGUUUGAAGACGAUAACGAUGGCGACGAUGCGUCAAAACGAGCAUUGGCCAGAGAGAAUGCCCGUGUAGUCAUCGGAGCCGUACGUGAUGGUG